AUGGAUCCCCUCUCGAUCGCGACCUCGACGAUCACGUUGAUACAAGCAGCUGCUACGGUGUCUGCGGCUCUCCACGAAUUCGUCGCAACCUUUCGCAAUGCCGAUUCGAGAGUCGCAGCUCUAUCAACCCAAUUGUCAAGACUGAUCAAAUUUCUUGAAGCAGUAGAAGGAACUCUUAAAAAAUGCCGUGGACCUCUCUCGCUCGCCUCCAUGGACGUGGACCUGUGGCAGCAAAGUCAGCUCUCGCUAGAGGAUUGCAAGCUAACCCUGGACGAGCUUGCUAAGUUCAUUAACCAGAUCAAGGCGGUAGCUAAAUCCUCAGGUAGAUUCAGAAGAAUGAAAGUCACAAUGGACUUGACCAUAUAUGCGGGAGACAUUACGGGCUUCGAGGAGAAAAUUCACAAGUCCAAUUGGGCUCUUCAAACCAUGCUCUCUGCUAUACAAGUCACACUUUCACUGCGAGGAAAUGAAACCCAAGAGAAGAUCCUAUAUGAACUGGAAAUGCUAAAGAUCUCCAUUAAUCAGUCUCGUCAAGCGGCCAUAUACCACAGCGACGGGUUUUCUCGGAUGCUGGAAGAUCCAUCUGACCGUCGUAUCGCCUAUAAUCUGAAGAACUUGACUCGAGUAGCACAGAGUUUCCACUCCAGCGCCAGCUCGACUGCUAGCACAAUCUUCAAUGGAACAUUAUUCGGGAAUCUUCAGUCGGAUACAGCCAUAAGCAUCAGAGGGGGAUUGAACUUCACUCCUAAUAAAAGACAGCAAAUUGAUCCGUGGGUCAAGCAACAGCGGCGUCUGACCCUGCGGCGACAGCGCAAGCCCCUUCAACGCAUCCCCAGCUCCGCAGCAGUAUCGAUAGUCCGGCCUGCCACCCCAGAUCCAGUAUUAGCGGACCCAUCCGAAGACAGUCAUGAGAUUGAGUCAAACAUGUCAGAGACGGCAGAUGAUAAUGAGGAGCGAGCUCAUGAGGCCGAGUUCCAGUCGUACUUAUUAAGCGGACACGGAGAAGUAGCACAGGACAGCAUGCUCAAUCUGGAAUUUGCCAAAGCACAAUCCAUGCUUGAGCUGGCGAUCCAAAGGCGUACGGGAUCAACCUCAGAAGAUUCCGAAUUCAAGCAACUCCAGAUCCAACUAGCAAUUUGCUAUUUCUUCCAGCAUAAAUGGCAGCUUGCAGAACCCUUGGUCAACAGCAUUGCCAAGUCCAAGAUCAACUUUGAUCCAAUCGUCUGCAAUCUUCUCCACGCAUUAGCAAUCGCAAAUCUCGUAGAGAGACGCUUUGAGAAAGCUAUCGUUGUGUGUACGCAGGCACUUUACGGGAAGAGAAGGCUGAAGCGGGACUUUCCAAGGACGUCCGAAACAGAGUGCAAUGAGACUCUUGGGCUUCUGGCUACUAUUUACGAUGCUUAUAGUAAUCGUCUUGAUGCUGAGGCGAUGCGUCGGAAAAUUUCCAAGGGAUUCUCAUAUUACCACCCGGAGAAUGAGGUAGAGUUCAUUGUGAAGCACCCAAAAUUGUGUCCGGAGGUAUUUGGAGGGAAAAUUUCUGUGGACUGGAGAAGGCCACAGAUACCUGCUGCGAGUUCUGGUGAGGAUACCGAACUCCCUACUAACCUCCCCACGAUCAAGGAAGAGGACACCCCCAAAGGCAACACAACUACCAAAAAGCCACUACAGACUUUUCAGGCCAAGCUAAGCCUAUAUCAAAGAGUCAACUUGGACUCUGGGAAGGAGGUCGUUGCUUCGUCCCUCACUAACCGUGAUGGCAACGACGAGGCAGGGUCUUUGUAUGGGGACGACCGCAUCAGUUCCUCGCCAUCUCGUCCUAGGAUUACACCGAAGCGUUCGUUCGCACGGAGAGUGGUUCGGUUCUUAGGCACUCUGCGGGAAAGGCCCGUCACGCCUCGAGACACCGAAGAUACAGAGUCACCCUCACGACCCAGAUUUGGCAAUGGAUUUUGGCCGAGGAGCGAAGGCCAAUUCUUCAAGCUAAAGAAGUCAAAGGCGAGAUUUCAGAAGAGAGCUAGUGACGAGGGUGAUAACAACUCGUUUCCAUUCUUGCGUGGUGUGCGGCGCCAACGCCGACUUCUUCUGGCUCAGGCAGCCUCCAGCAAUCCACCUGCUUAUGAGGAACCUGGCGAUCGUAAUCCUCGCCCGUGGCGUUACAGCGUUGAUACUUGGCUUCGCACAAAUCCUCAACAUGGUCUCAGUCGGGGAACUCCACAAGUAUAUCAGCCAUCUCCCCCAACUACCACUGUCUCAUGGCCAAAUGACGAAAAGACGGAUUACGUUGAGCCUGCACCAGUAGCAUGGGUGCCAGCUUCUCGAAUACUCCUCGCCCACGAAAUUGGAGGUAGACAAGUACAUGAACUUAUGGAUACCUCGAGGCCAAGUGAACUUAUGGAUACCUCGUUGCCAGUUACACCUCCAGAGGCAGCUCUCCAACAGAGUCCGAGCAGUGCCUCCAUAAUAAGUAGAGCCUCCACAAUAAGCAGGGUCUCCAUGACGAUCGACGACGACGGUGAGGGUCAAGGUAUCACUUCGCUUAGGCUGCCAUCGAUCAGGACGACGGAAAAAUUUGGUCUACCGAAGACUACACCCAGAAAACAAUGGUUGACAGUCGCCAUUCCAAAGUUUGUCGCAAGGCCGGGAGGGAUUCCACUGGUGGCCCAUUACCCCGCAGAAAGGUCUUCGGCAUCGGCGAUCGAGACCGACAAAGGCGGCGAAUCGUUGCUGGCUCCGGGGGUGACAAACAGCUCGCUCCUCGGUUCGGCAGGCCUCCCUAAGGAAGAAGUAAUAGCCAAGGUAUUCAAUGACAUCCAAGGCGAGGGCUCGGGCAAACUAGUUGUCGAGGAGAGACUAGAUACCGACUUUGAUGAGUUAAUGCGGAAGGAAGACCAUCGUCCAAGAACAACUAAAGUGACUUUUGCAGGAUCGUCGACUCGUCAAAGUGGUAAGCGGCAGGGUUGGGUUCCUGCAUCUUAUUUCAAGGAUCUGUCUCCGAGUUCAGAUACCGUGGGAGUUCCUCUCGAUAGCGGCCGUAAGGAUUUGCAGAAGCAAAGUCGGGCCCUGGGUCAGAUCCCGUCGGAAAGCAGCGAGAUCGAUGAAUUUUCUCGCGCUUUUCGCAAGGCGAUUUCUCCAAGCGUUAUGAACGGUGAGAGGAAGGUGGACAAAAAGGUUCAAUGCGAUGCGCCCAAAACCAGAUAUCAACUUGUUGAUAAAGCUGCUGCCAGGACUGUGGCGCCUCCCGUUUUACCCACCUUCGCAUCCAACCACUCAUGCUCAGCAGGACAGGAUUCCGUUAAACUCCCAACCCCUAAUCAGCAGCACAAUCCCAAUGCAGGGUAUUUCGAUAUUCCUCCCCAAUCUGCACGCCAACGAGGGUCCGCAGGUUCAGCACAUUGGAGUAACACAUCCGAUAUCGGUCAAGUGAGCCGAGUUUCGAACGCCUCUACUCUAGCAGAGCUAGACGGCGAUAGACGCUCCUCAGGAUCGUCGUCCCUUACCAAAGCCCUCCAAGAACUCGGCGUAGGCAUGUCACGCAUGGUGUCGUUCCGACGACGUGGCGAUCUACCUGCGUUGCCUAGUAGUCCUAGCCGAACUGAAAACUCUACUUGGAAGACUAAUACGGCAUAUGUUGGCGCAGGGCAAGGACUUGGCGAUAUUCCCGAACAGGGAGAGAGUAAAAUAAAUCUGGAAGUGGAGGAAGGGAUUAGUAAUGCGCAGAUGAGGGAUAUUGCACUGAAGGAUUUGCGAAGUGCGAUUAUAAAAGAGGAGACGAGGGAUCUUGGUCAAGAUAUUACUGAACGAGCGGUCCCGGAGGUUUCAGUGGGCAAUGAGCUCCCGAAGUUGGAAAGAACACAAAACAGCCUAUCGUUGCUCAAGCUAAUGGAAGUCGACGAAGCUCCGUUGAGUGAGCAGAUCAAUACUGUUCGGAUGCCAGUGGACGCGGGAUCCAUUUCUCCUUGCCUUCCGCCGCAGCAGCUCGGUCGCAAAUUCAGCUGGGAGACCAUGUUCGAAGAUGAUAUCAACUCCACGGUAUCUACGGAAACAGAACAGUCAUGUGCUUCAUCUGCGCCCGCUCAACUUGAGGUCGUCACUCGUAAGUUCAGCUGGUGUAGCGAAGACAGCCAGCAAGUCACCACACCAGACUUGGUUCGGACAUCGAGUUUGUCCACUUCAUCCAGCUCCUCGCCAUCCCUUGCUUCAUCAGCGACGUCCACCUCGUCAGGACCGAUGCUCAAGUACGACCGUAUUAAAAAGGACUUGAUCAUUGUUUCCAACGACUCUACUUCUUCGCUGCCGGAGACUCAGAACCUGGAUGAUGUCUUGGCGCAGCUUUCCGCGAACAUUCAUAAUCGGAAAAGCAAAAGAAGAUCUGCUGAACCUCUGUCGCCUUUUAACAAGUUGGAACUUAGGCUCAAAUCUAGGCAGCCCAUGCCUGAAAGCGUUGCGACGAAGGAGGACGCCGCAGCUCCAUCUGCACUCCAACCUGAACUCCAAGCCAACGAAUCAAUGAAAGCACUUCCUUUCAUCCACCCAAGGGAUAUUUAUCGACGGCUUGAACUUGAGAGUGCAUCGAUUGGCGCUGCUUCGGAAGAAAAUCAAUGCAUGAUGAAUCGACGACAUCCUUUGCGAGAGAGGAGGAAACAGCAGAAGAGGAACCGCGAGGCGGCUGUGCUGCAAAUCGAUGACGAGAAGAUGAUGCUGUACCCUGGGGGUAUGUCGUCGUUAAGGAACUCGAGGAUUGGUGUUGCGUUUUAAUUAAUGGGAUAAUGAAGUUUUGGACGACGAAAUUUUGCCGGUGGUUUGAACUUUGCUAUAUGUAUUUCUGUUCGUUGUUUGGCGGCGUUGCAUGACAUCUGGCGUUUGUCGUUCCUGCAGCGCAGCGUCUACUAUGAUUACGGAGUUGGGUCUUCGGCGGCGUUUUUGGGUCCUGUAAUGAGGACGGUCAGCUUCCUUUUCGACUUCUCCGCCUCCGUCAACCGG